AUGCGUUGGUCACACCUCCUCUGCCCUCUGGCUCUGGCGGGCGCCGCCUGCGCCAGACGAUCGACGCGCCAUGUCAGUGCUUUUGACAAGAGGCGUGCCGAGGCCGGGCGAAGCGUCCCUGAGGUCGACUUGCCUAAGAAGCGCCAGGAACACCAUGGAUACAAACGGGACAAUACUACAGAGUAUCAAUUCCUGACAAACACCACUUCCAAGUUCCUCGUGGACGGUACUGCGAUACCUGAUGUGGAUUUCGAUGUCGGCGAGUCCUACGCUGGGUCAAUUCCAGUGACUACAGACGCAGAUGGCAAUUAUCUGUUCUACUGGUUCUUCCCUUCGACGAACGCAGCGGCUGAGAAGGAGAUCCUGAUCUGGCUCAAUGGAGGUCCCGGCUGCUCGUCUCUUGAGGGUCUCCUGCAGGAGAACGGUCCCUUCCUCUGGCAAUAUGGCACCUACAAGCCCGUUGAGAACCCCUGGAGCUGGCACCAUCUCACCCACGUCGUCUGGGUCGAACAGCCCAUCGGCACAGGCUUCUCGCAGGGCACCGUCACGGCCGAAAACGAGGAGGACGUUGCAGCACAGUUCAUGAGCUGGUUCAAGAACUUUGUCGACACCUUUGGCUUGCAAGGGUACAAGAUCUACAUCGCGGGCGAGUCGUACGCCGGCAUGUUCGUUCCCUACAUCGCCAGCGCCAUGCUGGACACCAACGACACGACGUACUACGGCGUCGACGGGAUCCUGAUUUAUGACCCGUCCAUCGCCUACUCUGAUCUGCAGGCUGAAUACGUCACGUUGCCGUUCGUGGAGACGUGGAAUGGCCUCUUCAUGCUCAACGAUACCUUCCUGGCAGACAUCCGCGCCCGCGACGAGAGCUGUGGCUACGCCGCCUUCCGCGACGAGUACCUGGCCUUCCCGCCCACGGCCUCCCUCCCGGCUUACGAGGACUUGCCGAGCAUCAACAACUACAGCUGCGUCAACAUCUACUACGACGUCUUCGACGCCGUCCUGCUGACCAACCCGUGCUUCGACAUCUACCAGGUCGCCACGACCUGUCCCCUGCUGUGGGACGUCCUCGGCUUCCCCGGCAGCCUCGAGUACGAGCCCGAGGGCGCCUUCAUCUACUUUAACCGCACCGACGUGCAGGACGCCAUCCACGCCCCGCACAUCGACUGGGCCGAGUGCGCCAACGAGAACGUCUUUGUCCACGGCGACGACACCUCGCUCCCCUCGGCCGUGACCGUCCUCCCGGGCGUCAUCGACCGCACCCAGAACGUCAUCAUCGGCCACGGCGGGCUCGACAUGGUCCUCCUCGCCAACGGCACCCUGCUGCAGCUGCAGAACAUGACCUGGGGCGGCCAGCAGGGCUUCUCGUCCUACCCCACCGACCCCUUCUACGUCCCUUAUAACGACUACACCGACCUGUCCACGCUCGCCGGCGCAGGUGUCUUUGGCUCCGUCGUCUCGGAGCGCGGCCUGACCUUUGUCGGCGUCGACCUGUCCGGCCACAUGGUCCCGCAAUAUGCGCCGACUGCCGCCUACAGGCAUCUCGAGGUGCUUCUGGGCCGGGUGGCUAACCUGAGCUCCACAGACGCCUUCACGACGGACCCUGGAGUUCCACAGGCGAGUCUGGUGGGUGAGACUGGGAAUUUCCCUUGA